AUGUUGUCAAAACCUAGCCUGUCGGCGUUGGCAACACUGGCGCUUGGUGCCUGUUUUGUCAUUGCCGAGAGCAUACAGAAUCGUCAGCCCAAUAUUGUCUUUAUUUUAACCGACGACCAAGAUGAGCAACUCGGUUCCAUUGACUACAUGCCAUUUGUUCAAAAGCACUUCGUGAAAGAGGGGACAUACUACCGCAAGCACUUUUGCACGAUUGCAAUCUGCUGCCCCUCCCGUGUCAGUCUGUUGACGGGGCAAGCCGCGCACAACACCAAUGUUACUUACGUUACUCCGCCCCACGGUGGAUACCCUAAGUUUGUUUCUCAAGGCUACAAUGAGAAGUAUCUCCCAGUGUGGCUGCAAGAGGCCGGCUAUGACACAUACUACACUGGCAAGCUCUUCAAUGCCCAUAACACAGACAACUGGAACAACCCACAUCCAAAGGGAUGGACUGGAAGUGACUUCCUCCUCGACCCCAACACCUACAUGUACUUGAAUGCAACAUUCCAGAGAAAUCAAAGCCCUCCCAAGACCUAUCCCGGAGAGUACAGCAAUGACUUGGUAGCUGAAAGAGCUCUGGGAUUCUUGGAAGAUGCUCUCAAAGUUAAUGGCAGCAAGCCGUUCUUCCUGGGAGUUGCGCCCAUUGGCCCUCACAACAAUGGUCUUGGCGGAGAGACAAGUCCAGGUGCCACACCACCGAUUCCGGCAAAGAGACAUGAACAUCUCUUUGCCAAUGUUACAGUGCCUCGAACCUAUAACUUCAACCCGGAAAAGCCUAGCAUGGCCAACUGGGGUCUGACAAUUCCUCAACUCAACGCUUCUGAGAUUGCCUACGGUGACAAUUAUUACCGCCGCCGUCUCCAGACUCUGCAGUCCGUUGAUGAAAUGGUUGACGCUAUCUUCAAACACCUCGAAAAAGCCGGUAUCCUGGACAACACAUAUGUCAUCUUCACCUCUGACAACGGAUUUCACAUCGGUCAACAUCGUCUCAAGCCAGGAAAAACUUGCGCAAUUGAGGAAGACAUCAACGUUCCCUUCCUUAUUCGCGGCCCCGGCGUGCCUAAGGGAAAGACUGUUGAUUUCGUCACCACCCACACUGAUAUUGCCCCGACAAUUUUCUCAAUUGCGAACAUUACGUUGCGUGAAGACUUUGACGGAUCCCCCAUCCCCUUUUUGGAGGAAGGAAUUGUGAAGGCUCAAAAGGACCCUAAGCAUGACCAUGUCAAUGUCGAGUUCUGGGGAACCCAGCGAGGCUAUGAUGUCUUCGGUGGAGUCUCGGCAAACAAUACAUACAAGACCAUGCGUGUUCUUGGAGAUGGCUAUAGUCUGUUUUACUCCGUGUGGUGCAGCAACGAGAGAGAGUUUUAUGACAUGAAGAAAGAUCCAGGUCAGAUGGACAACUUGGCCGACAGCGCCACCGGCCAGCUUCUGAAGCGACCCCUUUCGGCUGUUCAGGACCGUCUGGAUGCUCUACUCCUGGUUCUCAAAAGCUGCAAGGCAGAGAGUUGUAGGCUCCCCUGGAAACAAAUACACCCAGACGGUGGUGUGAACAACCUUCGAGACGCAUUGAAUGUAAAGUACGACGAUUUCUAUGCUGGGCAGCCUAAGAUCUCCUUUUCGGAUUGCAAGGACUUUUACGACAUUGCCUCUGAGGGACCCCAAGACACGCUGGUUUACUACGACCCAAAGUACAAGACAACAACAGGCUAUUCACAGCUCUUAGAAUUCGAAGAAUUAUGA